GCACUGAAAAUAUCAAAAGUGCCAACGGAAAGAGGUGGUUCGCUACUGUGCCGCUACAAGCAGAAAAGAACUGGGAGAAUCCGGGAAGAACGUCUGCUACAAAUUUACGAUCUAUGCCAUAAUCCGUAAUCAUCUGUCACCGGGUGAAGUUGCGUGACAUCUCGUUCGAAUAGAAUCGAUCCGGCGAAUCGGAAAAAAAAGGCAUAAUAAGUGUUUUGAUACAAACGUACAAAAGGAUUUUCAACACGAUUUUAGGAUGACCGUGAAAUUGUUUUGAAUAAUAUUGUUUUCUUUCUCGCAUUCGCAACCUUCAGGUGUUAUCUCUCCAGCAGCAGUUUCCUCGCAGCAGAACGCGUACGACUCCGUCAAUAAUGCAAAGCGUGAUUAAUUCGGUAAAAGGCACCGCAUUAGGAGUCGCCGAAUAUCUGACACCGGUGUUGAAGGAGAGCAAAUUUCGUGAGACUGGUGUUCUGACACCCGAGGAAUUUGUAGCUGCUGGAGAUCAUUUGGUGCAUCAUUGUCCUACUUGGCAAUGGGCUACAGGUGAUGAGGACAGAGCAAAGUCUUACUUACCAAAAGGCAAACAGUUUUUGCUGACUCGCAAUGUUCCCUGCACGCGAAGAUGCAAGCAGAUGGAGUAUAGCAAUGAGCAAGAAUGUAUUAUAGAAGCAGAUGAUCCCGAGGGUGGCUGGGUUGACACUCAUCAUUAUGCCACCAGUAUUGCCGGCCUAGACGAGAGAGUGACAGAGAUGUCACUAGAGGAAACGAUGGAAGAACCUUCUCGUACUCAAGACAACGCGGACGAGGACGAAGAUGAUGAGGAUGCCGCCGAUAUGGAAGCUUUUGAGAUUAGUGGCAUGCUGGAUGAGCAGGAUAAGCACGCGGCGACAGAAAAUACCAAGAAAAAUAGUCAAGAGAAACGCGAGUCGUUUACAGAAGGAGAGAUCAUUCGCACUCGUACAUACGACUUGUAUAUUACGUACGACAAAUAUUAUCAAACGCCUAGAUUAUGGUUAUUUGGAUAUAACGAGAAUCGAAAACCGCUUAACGUGGAAGAAAUGUACGAGGACGUUAGUCAGGAUCAUGCUAAAAAGACAGUUACAAUGGAAACGCAUCCACAUAUACCUGGCCCUCCUAUGGCCUCUGUUCAUCCUUGCAGGCACGCGGAAGUGAUGAAGAAAAUUAUGGAGACGGUUAUGGAAGGCGGUGGAGAAUUAGGAGUGCAUUUGUACCUUAUAAUAUUCCUGAAGUUCGUUCAAUCCGUCAUACCGACGAUCGAGUACGACUAUACGCAAAACUUUAUGUUGAACGCGGCCGGCUAAGACACGACGUUAAAGUUAAGCUAUUAGCAUUGUAUCGCGAUUAAUAUAAAUUGCUUACAAAACACACACCCUCUGUAUUCAGUGGAUACGCGAGACAUUUAUGUAUCGAUGUUUACUACGCUUCUCGUUGUAAAUGCGAAGAUUCUAAAGAUAAUCGAGAUCCGUAAGAAUCUAUGAAUGUACAAUUAACGUGUAUCCUCCAAAAUCCACGCGCGAACCGUGGUAUCGAAGAGGAAAACCAAAUGUCCCACCAUGCAAACAUCCAUUCCCGAAGAUUCAAAGCCAUUACUUUACUCGGAUCUAAAGCGUUCUGCACUUGAGGAUCCGUCUGUGUGCUUGUCUUAAUUUUAAACAAUCGUGCACUUUCAACUCUCUUACACACAUACACAUAUGCACACAAACAUAUUUGUUUUAACAUUGCGAAUCACCGAGUUGAGCAGAUUUUAUUUGACGUGAGAAUCGUCAGACAAUAAGUAAGGAAAUAAAGGCUAUGCUCGAAGGCAACGAAGAAUUUGAACAAAGAAAUAUAUGCAGGAAACUUGUUUAUUAUGUAUUAUCAAUUAAAUCUGAUGUAACUCUUAUCAUUUAUAUAAGCGCGCGCUCAGAAACAUAAAUAUUUCUAAAAAUUGAUGAAUCUUAUAAUCAAUUAUUACGAGAAAAAAAAUUAAAUAAAUUGGAAUAUUCCAAACAUUA